GCCAUUCUAUCAAAACCCCCCAACACUCCCGUCGAUAUUCCUUCUUUCUCUUCCUCCUCUCUCUCUCUCUCCCUCCCUCUCUGGAGAGAGAAAAUUUUCCUCCUCCAUUUUACCCAUGAAAAGCUCUCCAUAGAUAAGAAACACACUUGAGAAAGAAAAGACCUUAAAGAUUCAAGAAUUAUCAUCACAAAAAUGUCUCACUCAGUGUUUCAAACAGCUCAAUUCAUGCCCAUAAAUACCCAAAUUGUCCCUACCUCCAAACCCUUAUUUCCCGCCGUAGUUAUCCGUCGACCAGCUCCAGUGGUCGCCGGGAAGCUCCGUCAAACUAACGUUAUCAAGGCGUCCACUGCUCCAGCGAUUGACGGAGACGCUAUUGACGGUUUGGAGCGGUGCUUUCAAGCGUCACCGUCGAUUGAUUCUCCGUCACCGUCGUCAUCCUCUUCGGUAAUGUACGCUCCGGUAAUGAAAGGGGGAAAAUACGGUGCUUUAGGUGCAGUUACAUUGGAAAAAUCGAAGCUUGAUUUGACCCAGAAACAGACCAAGUCUAGCCCCGAGCUUUCGACUGGUGGAGGAGGUGGAAAUAUGGGAAAGAAUUUAAAUCAUGGUGGUGGUGAUGGAGGUGACGAUAAUGGUGAUGAUGAUGAUUACUUUGAUGACUUUGAUGAUGGUGAUGAGGGAGAUGAGGGUGGACUAUUUAGGAGAAGAAUGAUACUCCAAGAGUUAUUUGAUCGGAAAUUUGUUGAUGCCGUGCUAAAUGAGUGGCAGAAGACAAUGAUGGAUUUACCAGCUGGGUUUCGGCAAGCCUAUGAAAUGGGCUUAGUUAGCUCUGCCCAAAUGGUGAAGUUUCUUGCCAUUAAUGCAAGGCCGACAACAGCUAGAUUUAUUUCCCGGUCACUUCCUCAAGGAUUAUCAAGGGCAUUCAUUGGCAGGAAGAUUGCAGAUCCGGCAUUUUUGUACAAGCUGCUUCUAGAGCAGGCCAGUACAAUUGGUUGUUCAGUUUGGUGGGAGAUCAAAAACCGUAAGGAGAGGAUAAAGCAUGAGUGGGAUCUUGCCCUUCUUAAUGUGCUUACUGUAACGGCUUGCAAUGCUAUUGUUGUUUGGUCGCUUGCUCCUUGUCGCUCAUAUGGAAACACAUUCCACUUUGAUUUGCAAAACACGAUACAGAAGCUUCCAAACAAUAUCUUUGAAAAGAGUUAUCCACUAAGAGAAUUUGACUUGCAGAAGAGAAUUCAUUCCUUUUUCUAUAAGUCUGCAGAGUUCUGUAUGGUUGGACUCACUGCGGGAGCUGUCCAAGGGGCUCUAUCAAACCUUGUUGCCACUAAAAAGGAGGGAAGGUUGUCAGUGACUAUCCCAUCUGUGAGCAGUAAUGCACUUGGUUAUGGUGCCUUUCUUGGUCUUUAUGCGAACCUUCGUUAUCAGCUCUUAUGUGGAUUUGACAGAGCUGUAGUUAACCACUUUGAUGUUAUUGGAGUGGCUCUCUUCUUCAGCACUGCCCUGAGGGUUUUGAAUGUUCAAGUUGGAGAGACAUCAAGACUAGCUUGGCUUGGUGUGGAGGUGGAUCCCUUGGCCCAUUCAGACGACAUCUUGAAGGCUUAUAGUCGACCCACAGAGGGUCUUGAACAGCCUUCUUCAAAAUGGUUGAUAUCUAAGAAUGCCAUAGUUUCCGGGCUUGGCCUUCUUGGGAUCAAACAGGGUCAGACUGACUCGGCUUCUGAGGGUGAAACAGCAGCUCCUAAGGCUCGGAGAAAAAGAAUUGUCAAGAAAAAAGUAACAAGUUGAGCCUAGGUAGUUGAUGUAGUAGCCAUCACUGUUCAAUUUUGCAGCCUGAGAAUUUAAUAAGCAUUAGUGUUUGAUUGAAGCACCAAAUGGAGACGGCUAAAAUGCAAGUCUGAUCACGAGCAUUGCCAUGUUCGCUACAGCAGUAAGGGUGAUUUAAGUAUACUAGGAUGCUGGGGAAGCUCUCUUCUCAAUUCCUUAUCACUUUCUAAAUUUUCAUAAAUCUCUGAUAUACUUGAGAUUAUUUGCCUAUCUGGAAAAUAUUUGAGACUGAACUUUGAAAAUGAAUUCCAUAGUAUUAGUUAGGAGUAGGUAUAUAUAUGCUGUCAUGCUUUUAGUGUAUCUUUCUCUUGUGCACUCCGGGUUGCCUCUUU